AUGCUGCCCUCCGAGGCGCCAUGCAUCUCGGGCGACAUUGCAUGCACGCCCAGCAACAGCAGCCUGGACAGCAGACAGCCCGCCUCAGAGCUGCGGCCUCCCAAGUCGGCCAAGCGGAGGGCCGCAGAGGCCCUGCUGCACCGCCGCUACAGCAGCAGCACCCUUGCCCCGGAUGGCGGCGGCGGCGGCGCCAAGCGGCAGCGCACAGACCAGCAGCGCCCGCCGGUGCGCGUGGCGGCCUGCUCCGACUGCGCAGCCUGCAGCGCCGACUGCGUCGGCGGCAGCAGUACCGCGGCUGCCUGGUGCAGCCAGGAUGUGGCACUGCCGCCGAUGGACUGGCCGGCGGCACUCCAGUCUGUGUCUCUGGAGAGAGACGUGGUGGCGGCCUCCGCGUGCACGGUGGUGGCAGCCGAGGGGCAGCUGCCCGCGGCGCUGGCCGCGCUGCGCCGCAGCAUGCAGGACAGCUGCGUGGCGAUAGACCUGGAGUGGAAGCCAGAGGGCUGGGCCGGCGGCGGCCCCACACGCGUGGCACUCAUGCAGCUGGCCUCUGCCACGGUGGCGGUGCUGGUGCGGGUGUGCCGCCUCGGCUUCCGCAUGCCGCCCAGCCUGCGCGCUUUCCUCAGCGACCCGGACCUCACCUUCAUCGGCUUCUCCUGGGACUCAUCCGAUGAAGUCAAGAUGCGGCAGACGUUUGGGGAGGGCCGCCGCGAGCUCUUCCCUCGCUUCCUCGACCUGCAGCAGGUGGGCGCCUCCCUGGGGUACCACGGCUUUGGGCUGGCCGCCCUGACCAAGCGGGUGCUGGGCUUUGCGCUGCCCAAGUGCCGCAAGGUGACCAUGAGCAACUGGGAGGCGCGCCAGCUGUCGGCCAGGCAGGUGCAGUACGGCGCGCUGGACGCAGUCGUCACGGGCCACAUCUUCCGCGGCCUGCGCCUCUGGCACGCCUCCCCCUCCGCCUGCACCGCGUGCCGCCAGAUGCUGGGAGCGGUGCUGCCGCAGCCCGCAUGGCACUGCCACGACUGCAGCCGCGACUUUUCCACCAGCGGCGCCCUGCAGAGCCAUCGGGCGCAGAAGAGGCACCGUGUGAGCCCCGCGGUGUGCGAUGAGUGCGGGCGGGUGCACGCACAGCGGGCACCAGAGGGAAGCAGCGCCGGCGCUCUGGCGCUGUUGACGCUCAGUAGAGCCAUGGUGACCCGCACUGCCUCCCCCCUCCAAGUGGCAGCCAUCGCGUUCAUCUGUGUGGGAUCGGUGUCGGCAUUCGAACGCACCGAUUGGUGGUACAAGACAUGCCCAGGAGGAGACUAUGCCGCGACGCCCGACAAGUGCGCCACAUGCACGUGUGGGGUGCGGCCCGGGCUGGGCGGCGCCGACUGCUGGCAGUUCCCAAACACCUUCUGCAGCUGCUUCCAGGGCAAGGGCGAGAAGUGCAGCAGCGUGCGGCGGGUGCUGGAGUACAAUGACAAGCUGGGCAGGAGUGUGACGGUCAAGCGCAAGCUAAGCCAGCUGUGCCCCGACGGCUUCCGCUGCCGCAACAGCGCCACGGGCCCCUGGUGCUGCCCGCGCAAGGCGGUGGGCAAGCCCAGCCGCGGCUGA